AUGGAAUGCACGAGUGCCACUGAAGUAGUAGUCAAUCAAUAUCGUUCAAAAUGUGUAAGCUUACAGUAGCUACUUUAUUGUUAGUGUUUCUUAUCACUAUAUAUGCUUCACCUAGCAAAACUGUGGCCCCUGAUGGACCAUGUGAUAUUGUCUGUCUGGCAGUCUACGAUCCUGUUUGUGGUUAUAAUGGCAAAACAUUCAGAACUUUUGGCAAUGGCUGUGAAAUGGAUCGGGAAAACUGUGACAAAGAAAUAAAAUAUGCGGAGGUCGAUUUAAGUUUAUGUGAUUAAAAAGUUCAUUUGUUUACCAGGAAAUAAAACAUAUUGACAUUUCAUCUUAUUUUAUUAGAUUAGGUAAUUAUUGGUGCAAUUUCUAGAUACGCUUCCCGUUUUAGAAGAAACUUGAGAUAUAAACAGUGUUAAUUAAAUGAUAACUAGUGUAUCAAAGUA